GGUCGACACAGCUACUCUCACCAUGCCGUCCGAGUACAAGGGCCUGCACAACAACACGGCGCCGCAAUGGUGGCGCGACCCCUGCCUCCGGCGCAACGUCGUCUGGGUGGCCCUCUGUGCCCUCUGCACCGUGUACGGCGGCUUCGACGGCUCCCUCUUCGGCGGUCUGCAGGCCGUGCCAAAGUGGUUCGAGCAGUUCCCGGCCUUGAAGAACCCCGACACGCUGGGCCUGAUCAACGCGUGCGGCGCGUUCCCCAACCUCAUCAUGCCACUUGUUGGGUCUUGGAUGGGAGACAGGUUCGGCCGUCGUCUCCCCAACAUCAUCGCGGUCAUCGGCGUCAUCGCCUUUGCCAUCAUGCAGGCGUUCUCCAACACCCUCGGCAUGUGGGCUGCGGCGCGUGUCCUGAUCACAACUUUCAGUGCGCUUAGUGCGCCGACUGGCCCUGCGCUCCUCGUCGAGCUGGCCCACCCUCGAUACCGCUCCACCGCCUCGGCUCUCAACAUGUCGGGAUGGUACGUCGGCUCCAUCAUCGGCGGCUGGGCAGGCUACGGCGCGUACAUGAACUACCGUGAAUCGCACUGGUCGUGGCGCCUGCCCUGCCUGAUCCAGUUCGUCAUCCCGACGUUUGUGCUGGUGGGCUUCAUCCUCAUUCCCGAGAGCCCGCGCUGGCUCAUCUCCAAGGGCCGGCUGGAGGAGGCGCGCAAGGUGCUCGCGCGCGAACACGCGAAUGGCGACGAGAACGACCCGCUGGUCAACUUUGAGAUGGACGAGAUCCAGCAGGCGCUCGUGGAGGAGAAGGCGAUCAACAGCGGUGCUGGGUCGUGGUUCUCCCUGUUCAAGACGCCUGGUAACCGCAAGCGCCUGUUCAUCAUGCUUCAUGUCGUUAUCGGUGCCCAGUGGUGCGGUAACGGUGUCAUUGGCUACUACUUCGUCCCGGUCCUCAAGAGCGUCGGCAUCACGUCUGCCUCCCAGCAGCUCCUCCUCAACAGUGGCAUGAACAUCUGGAACCUGUUCUUGGCCGGCGGCGCAGCUCUCACCAUCGAGCGCUUCGGCCGUCGUCCCCUCUUCCUCGCCUCGACUACCGGCAUGUUAAUCUCAAUGGUCGUCAUCACUGGCUGCUCUGCCGCCUUCUCCAAGACGGGUAACAGCUCGGCAGGCAUCGCCGUCGUCGCAUUCCUGUUCCUCUUCAACGGCUCGUACGACAUUGCCAUGACGCCGAUGAACGUCGCGUACAACGUCGAGAUCUUCGUGAGUCCGCGCCCCAGCUCCCAGCCACAUGUCGCGACCGACGCGAGCUCACACCCCCAGCCCUUCGCCAUCCGCUCAAAGGGCAUGGGCGUCUGGCAGGUCACCCAGGCCGUGUUCAUCAUCUACAACUCGUACGUCAACCCGAUCGCCCUGUCCAAGAUCCACUACUGGUACUACCUCGUCUAUGUCGGCAUCCUCAUCUACCUCACCAUCAUCAUCUACCUCUUCUUCCCCGAGACCAAGGGCCUCACGCUCGAAGAAGUCGCCGUCAAGUUCGACGGGCCGCAGAUGGGCGAGCUUAUACACUCGCAGGAGAAGGCCGAGAUCCAGCACAUCGACGACGCCGAAUCGGACGAUGGGAAGCAGGUCACGGCGAAGUAAACAUUUACUGCCGGGUGAAAGGCUGUCAAGGCACGAGGACUCCACUACGGGGACUCGGCUGUCCGCCGAUUAAUGGUGCGCGGUGGCCUCUUUAGUGACGUUGUUAGGAGUGGAGCAGGAGGAACAACGGUGUCGGGUUUGAGUGAUGAGAAUGAGAGCAUGCCGCGAGGAUGAGCCUUUCUUGAUAGUCUGGUCAAAGUUGUUAAAUGAAUGGUUUGACCGUGGC